AUCUUUUUGCGCAUAAAGUUCAUGCGCAUUUUUUGGAUGGAAACAAAGCUUGUGACAGACCAGUUCAGUGUUCAUGAUGAGAUUUUUACUGGUCUAUUUAAUAAUAAUGAUAAAAUAGUAAGUACUCAAAAACUACUAGCACAUUUCUGUAUGGGAAAGCAGCUUGUCAUGAUUUAUGAGGGGAAUGCUUAAUAGUGUGAAUUUGCGAACAUAAACUGCUUUUCUCCCAGCCAAAUUAAAAGAAAUACGACUUUCAGGAGAAGAAAUAUAAUAAGAAAUACUGUGAAAAUGGUGUCUGAAAUUGAAUGAUCUUAUCUUCAGAAAACUGAAGUCAUCUCUGGAUUAUUUAUAAAAUUAUAAAGGAUUAUUUAUAAAGAUUAUUGUCCCAGCAGAUGGCGCUGUUGAAGCUGUUCCUCUGGGAUCUUCUCAAUCAGCCUGUUCUGCAGCUGCUGGAUGGAGCUGCUGACCUUCAGAACUUGAACUGUCCUGCAUAUGCUGGAGCUCUAGGCACUCCUGGACACAACGGAUUGUCUGGCAGAGAAAGGAAUGAUGGAAACGAUGGAGCCACUGGACCCAAAGGAGAGAAGGGAGAGCCAGGUUUGUGUGGGAGAGGAACAUCAACUAAAUGUUUAUAUGUCUGCUCAUCCCAUUCAAUACCAAAUUUCAUUCAAUGCCAAAUAUUGGACUCACUGAAAUCUAAGCAACCCAGUGACAAGAUUGACCUUAUUGAGAAGGUUGUGAAUUUAAAAAUGUUCAAAAAGGUUGGACAGAAAUACAUUACUGAUGGUGUAGAGGAGUCUUUUGAUAAGGUGAUACAGUGCUGCAGCGGCGAUGUGACAUUAGUUUUGCAAAGAACUCUUUUAGAAAACAUUGCAUUACUGAAACAAUUAGUAUCCAGUGAUUUUAAUAAGAAGCCAUUUAUUAAAAUCACGGACAGAGAAAAAAAGGGAGAGUUUCUCGACACUGAGGGAAGGCAUUUGACUUUUACAAACUGGUAUUUGUCUGCCUGA